AUGAGUUCUUAUUAUGUGGAUGGUCUUCUCAGCGCGUAUACGGCGGCGGCUCUGUUUCCGAACGCGGAGCGGGCUUCUUGUCGUGCCGGAUCCAGUGGAGAGGACUAUGGCUCGGCUCGGAGUGCUGCGGCCAUUGCGCUCGCACCUUCCCUGUCUGGAGUUUACAGCGUCAAUAAUGCAGUAUACCAGGGCCGCCCAGUGUUUACCUCGGGCUACAGCCAGGUGCACGAUGCGCACACACUGCACUGCAGCCCGUUUGACCAGAACCGCAUAUUCACCGAGGGCUCCUGCAAUCCGGGGCCAGGACCCCUCACCUCUCCGCCGGACAAACAUUACCGGAUGUACCCCUGGAUGAGAGCAUCAGACCCCGGUCGUAAGCGUGGGCGACAGACCUAUUCCCGGUACCAGACCCUGGAGCUGGAGAAGGAGUUCCACUUCAACCGCUACCUGACCCGCAGGCGGAGGAUCGAGAUAGCCCAUGCCCUCUGCCUGUCAGAGAGACAGAUCAAAAUCUGGUUUCAGAACCGCAGGAUGAAGUGGAAGAAGGACAACAAGGGCGAAGCGGUGCCAAACCCGGCGGGAAACGACAGCGACACCCAGGCUGUGUGCGAGGCCGGGGGGCCCGAAACCGAAGAGACCAGGGCCCCCGCGGGGCCGGAGUCCGAAACGGCUGCAAAGUAA